UAUGCCAGACUGUUGGUUUGUGGUUUGUCAAGUGGGCAAAAGGGGAAAUUUGGAGGUUGGGGUGUGCUAGCAUACUAUUAAGGACACAUGAGUGCAAAAAGCUGUGGUGUGGGUGCCUUACAGGAAGGUUGUCUGCACUGGGCCAUCCCAUUUAUGCCGGUGCCUCAAGUGAAGUGCAGCCACAUACAGACAGACGGGCCAAGAGUGAGUGAGACGGAGGCCUGGAAACCUUUUACUCACCAGAGACAGUGACAUGCACUUAAUUUUUCAGGAGUUUUUUGGUGCCACCAGAAUUGUGUUUGAUAAGUGGCACAUUUUGGAAAAGAUCAAAGGCUACUGAGAUUGUCUUAUCAAGGGAUGGCAUAGCUGCUGUCGGGACAGCUGAUGGGAGGAGUCAACUCAAUUGAACCAAAGACCUCAUGUGUCCAAAUUGGUUUUAGAGAAGGCGAGAGCAGUAUUGCCUAGCAAAGACAAUAGAGGUUUAUACCCUUUAUCUUCUGGAUGUGUUCUCCAGCCAGUUAUGCCCUCCCUCUGAGGAGAAGCAGCGAGGUAUCAUCAGCAGCUCCUGGCCGGCUCUGUGGAGCAGGACCAAAACCUCAUGGAGCUUUGCAGGAGAGUGAGAUGGACGCUGCUUGGCAGGAGCUCAUGGCCAUUACAGAACUACAGGAGUUUGAAGCCCCUGGUGAAAGUACCUUUGAAACAACACAGUACCAGACCAUGGCACCCAUUGAACCUUAUGGAAUUGCUGCAGAGCUGCCUCCUGGAUCCUGUGAGAUCAGUUCCAAUAAUUAUGAUGGGUGCUACUCUGAGGAAGUGCCUGUGCAUCAUCAACACAGCAGCACCCAAUCACAGUACAGACACUCUGAGUCACAAGCUAAUCAGAAAGUACCAUCAGAAUCUUCUCUCUCUCUCUUGGCUUUGAGAGACCCACCUGCCUCAUCGGGGGAGGGUCGUGGCCAGUGGAGGGACAGCACCCAGAGCCUUUACAGACACGUGCUAUGGACACAAGGACAGACUUCACAUGGUUGCCUGACCAAUGACCUGGAGUCUGACUCGGGCCUCUCUUUAGGUUCCAGUCCUCCUCUGGCCUCUCCAGAGGUGAGCAGUGGGACAGCUGGUUACCAGAUAGAUAUUAAAGAUUGCCAUUAUGAAAGACAAUCUGAAGGGCAGAGAAAUGCGUCCUUUUACUCAUUUGCCUAUCAAGACAAUACAAACUCAUAUAUACACCCAGAACAAUAUUUUUCAAUUCAGACAUUGUCUUACCCACCUUCCAGUGGUCCAGCUCCUCGGGCAGUGAAACUACAUGCCCAAUUGAAUGGCCAGUCUGAGCUUUAUAAUAACUACGGCGUGUCCAGUAGAGGGAGCUCACAACAAGCCGUGUAUAACAAGCAGCGGAACAACUUAGCGCAUGCGCCGAUGAGUAGGGAUGAGCGACGGGCCUUGGCUUUAAAAAUCCCUUUUCCCAUGGAGAAAAUUAUUAAUCUACCUGUGGACGAUUUCAACGAGCUACUGUCCCAGUAUACCCUCACUGAUACUCAACUAGCAUUAGUGAGAGACAUUCGGCGGAGAGGCAAAAACAAAGUUGCAGCUCAGAAUUGCAGAAAAAGGAAGCUUGAAAGCAUUAUUCAAUUGGAACAAGAACUCAACCAACUUCAGGCUCAAAGACAGCAUCUAGCUCAAGAACGACUUGAAUUUCAACAAAGUCUUGCCUUCAUCAAAUGUCGCCUCUCUGAACUCUAUACUGAGGUCUUUACAUACUUGAGAGACGAAGAUGGACAACCAUAUUCCAUUAAUGAGUAUUCUCUACAGCAAAGCCCAGAGGGCAAAGUUUAUUUAGUACCACUUAGUGAGACGCAGAAAUGAUUAAUGUAUUUUGCAGUGGUGUUGGUGUGAGCUUUGCACUAAAGAGGUUGUGGAUAAA